UAGGCUUACAAAGAUUAAUGACUAAACUAGAACUGAUAUAAGCCUAUUUGGAAGUCUGUUGCAAAAAUUACUAGGAAUAUUUCCUCUCUCUCUCACACUCACUUUUUCUCUUCUUCCCACACUUCUUUUCUCCAUUCCUCUCUUACUUUCUCUCCUCCCAGCUCCAUUGAGACAGUAAAUGGCAGUUCAGAUAAUCAGAAAUGGUGUGUUGAUAACUCCACUACUGUGAUAAAGGGUUUUCGUCAUGGCAGCCCUGAAGAAAUACUCUCUCUUGCCAGUUCACAUUGUCGAAGACCACAAUGAUGCUCUCUAUCAUAUUUUGCGUGUUAUAGGGUCCAAACACCUUCCCUUUACACACAAUUUGAUGAUUCACUUCGAUUCUCAUCCAGAUUUGCUCAUACCAGCUGAGCUCAAAGCUUCAGAGGUCUUUGAUGUGCCUAUCAUGCUGCAGAAAUUGAGUAUAGAGAACUGGGUUCUUCCUGCUGUAUUUGCAGGCCAAAUAUCUACUAUCGUCUGGAUUAAGCCCCCAUGGUCCAACCAGAUUGAUGAAGGGGUCUAUGAAUUUCAGAUUGGGAAACAAAAGGAGACUGAUCAGAUUAAAGUUUCCUGUCCAAUUAUGUAUUAUGUAGGUGAGAUGCUGUUCUGUAGAGAGAGUGAACUCGAAGAUUGCAAAACUGUGAAGUUACAUGUAGUUACAUUAGGAUGGGAAAUGAGAACUGACCUUGGAAAAACACUUUGUCAGUUGAUUGAAGAACAAGGAGGCAGUUACAUUCUUGAUGUUGAUCUAGACUUUUUCACAACAAUGAAUCCAUUUAUUGAAAUGCAUAAGAAAGUAGACAUGUACAGCAGACUAAGGCAGAUUUACAGUUUUGACUUCUAUGAAGUAGAGGAAGAGGCUGUUGUGAAUGCCCAGGUCAAAAGAAGCAAUCAGAUAUCUAGUUUAAAGAAAAUAUUUACCAGCUUACAUGAGCUGAAAGACCCAGAGCAGAUCAAGGAAAACGUAAAUUCAAUCUGUCACUCAGUUUCAUCUCAGACAGACAGAGACAUUUUGACAGCUCUUAUCAAAGACUUGGCUACUGAAUAUGGCUCAGAAGUUGACUGGGAAAUGAUCCAUGAAGCUGGUUGUACCUGUGAUGACCAAAAGCACGAGUUGCCACACCAUGUUUCCACAGAUGAACAAAUUGUUCAGUUAAUGGAGUGCUUUCAGCAGCUUAUUUCAUCUCUUCCAUCUCCAACUGUCAUUACCCUUUCCCGUUCCAGUCUUGAUGAUUACUGUCCCCCUGAUAAAGUGGAUAUGGUCCAGGAUUUACUUUGCAAAUUUUUGAGAAGAACUUUUGAUAUAGAUUGUAAAAGCCACUAUUUGAGUGAUAAUUAAUGUAAUAUCUUGUGCAAGUUUUUUUUUUCUUUUCUUUUCUAUUCAGUUUCCUGUUAGGAAGAGAAGACAAUGAUAAUGAUAUAUAGUGCUUGAAAUGUGUGAGUAAUGUACUGGUAAUUUUUGUCUCAAGUGUAAAUGCAAUUAUAGCAAUAUUUUGAAUGUGGGUUUACAAGACUAUAAUAUAUUUUGACAAUUUAUAUUACAUUAUCCAUAGUAUUUAUGGUCUGUUGUUGUUUAUAAUAAACAAGAAUCCCUGCUGAAAAAUAAUCAGAUGUAUUGCAUUUUGACAAUAAAUUUAAAUAGGCA